UUGGUUAUCCAGAAUGUUGAACGAAUUGGUCAGAAUCCGGUCGCAGGUGGUGGGUUUGCGGAUGUAUGGCGCGGAACUAUGAAUGGAAAAGCUGUGUGUUUGAAGGUCCUCCGCCUCGUUACUGAACAGGAUGAAGGGGCUCGCGCCACGCGAUUCUGCCGCGAGGCUUUGGUAUGGCGACAACUCAAGCAUCCUCAUAUUCUUCCUUUAUUGGGCGUAAACAUGGAAUUAUUCCUUCCUUCGUUUUGUCUCAUAUCUCCGUGGAUGGAGAAUAAAGAUAUCAUCACAUAUCUAAGAAAGAAUCCUGAUCAUGAUUUAUAUCGCGCUCUGAUUGAUAUCGCAGCAGGGAUGUGUUAUUUGCAUUCAAGAGACCCACCAAUUGUUCAUGGUGAUAUUCGUGGGGCCAAUAUUCUUGUUACAAACGAUGGUCGUUGCUGUCUCGCGGAUUUCGGUUUGGCCUUAGUUACUUCCGAAUCUGUUACUCAAGUAUGGUCCAUCACAUCAUCGGGAACUACCAAGGGUGCGUUACGUUGGAUGGCUCCAGAAUAUCUCGAGUCCGAUGGAUUAGCACCAACUCCAAUCCACUCUUCAAGAGAUGUAUAUGCAUUUGGCUGUACAGUGGUUGAAAUUAUAACUCGAAACAUACCUUUUCAUAACUGCAAGACCGAGUAUACGGUAUUCUGUAGUCUUAUGAAAGGUGAACGACCGGGUCGGCCUAUAUCAAAUGAAUGGUGUACAGAUAAUCUCUGGGAGCUUGUGUCUCGCUGCUGGGCACAGGAUGCUCGGGAACGGCCUUCCUCAAAUGAAAUUUCCAAUGUGCUGUACAGAGAAUUAGAAUCAAAACAUCGACGAGAACGGGAAGAUGUACAGAGGAAAGUCCAGCACCUGGUUAAACGAAUUCAGAGGAAGAAGAAGGGAUCUGGAAAAUAUGUAGGAAAUGGAAGCUAUGGGAGAGAUUCAGCGAAAAUUAAAUUACUUGGUGGGUUAGUGCAUUGGAGGAUACAUCCAAGGAAAAAGGAAUUGUAG